CAUAUGUCAUACCCUUCCUUCCUCUUUCUUUUGUCCCUGCCCUUUUUACGAACACUUCGCUCUCUGUCUACUUCAGUCCUCCUCUCUCAGAUAUUUCUCUGAUCUCAUUUCCUCUCUUCACUUCACAACUCUCACAUUUCUAUAUCUCCCUCCACACUAUAAACCCAAAUCCCCGAUCCCAAAACCAUUUCAUCAACUCCAAUAUUUCUAACAGCAACCUUUCUUAAUUACUCAUCAUCACCACUCUUCAAUUCUCGCAUUCUCUCAACCCAUCACCAAUGGAACCACAAACCCAGCAACCAACCGAGGAUGGAGGAAGCAACAAAGCAGCCGGGAGUAGUGCUAACAUCCUUUGCAGGCAGAGCAGUACCAGGUGGACUCCCACUACAGAUCAGAUAAGAAUCCUCAAGGAGCUUUACUACAACAAGGGAGUUAGGUCCCCAACUGCAGAGCAGAUUCAGAGGAUCUGUCUCCAGCUGAAACGGUACGGAAAGAUUGAGGGCAAGAAUGUCUUUUACUGGUUCCAGAACCACAAGGCUCGGGAGAGGCAGAAGAAGAGGUUCACUUCGGAUGUUCAUGCGCCCAUGCAAAGAUCAGGGCUUGUUGGAAAUGAUAAUGGUACCAAUUGGAAACCUGAGGAUCAGUAUAUUAACAUGAACAACAAGUACUCUAACAUUUGUCAAGCUGGUGUGAUCGCUUUUAACGGGCAGAUGGGGAACUAUGGUGCUUAUGGAUCUAUGAACAUGGAGAAGAGUUUUAGGGAUUGUUCAAUCUCAGCUGGAGGGGGAACUAGUUCUACUGGUAUUGGUGGAUCCAUUAGUCACAAUUUUGGGUCAUGGGUCGGCUGCAGUGUUGACCCAUAUUCCUCCUCUAGUACUAGUACUACUUUCCUUGACAUGAAUGAAGAACAAACUUUCAUGGAACAACGAGGAGAAGAUCACCAGGAGAUUGAAACCCUUCCACUAUUCCCUAUGCACGGUGAGGACAUCUUUGGCAACAUGAAGACUACUUCCGAGGAAGGUGGCGGCUACGGCUACUACUCCGGUGGCUGGGGCGGUUACAACGGUGGCUCUCGCACUUCCCUUGAGCUCAGCCUCAACUCUUACGGCUACAACACUGAAUUCUGAAGAUUCCGCCUUCAUCUCCACCCUAGCCAAGCUAAGCUAGAUAGCUAAUUAUUCUCAGUUCUAAUAUUAAUCCCCAUGUCUAUACUUUCAAGUUCCAAUCGAAGUCUCACGCGUGUCAUGCAAAG